CCGCCGCAUUCCCGCUUUCCUUCCCGAACCGCCAUUUUGAAAAUCGUGUUGAUUCUGGGCAGCCGAGAGCGCGGCGCGAGCGUCACGCCAGCGAGCGGCCCGUGCGCGUCCUCCUCGGCGCCCGUCGCCGCCUCCGGGAGCCUCUUCGUGCCCUCGCGCGCCAGGCCCGUGGCCGCCGGCACCCGCGGUCCACAGCAUGUCCUCCUCGGGCACAGCUGCGGAGGGAGAGGCAGCCCCCGCCCAGCCCGCGUCCGAAAAAGAGCCCGACAUGCCCGGCCCGAGAGAGGAAAGUGAAGAGGAGGACGAGGACGACGACGAGGAAGAGGAGGAGGAAGAGAAAGAAAAGAGCCUCAUUGUGGAAGGCAAGAGGGAAAAGAAGAAAGUAGAGAGGUUGACGAUGCAAGUCUCUUCCUUACAAAGAGAGCCAUUUACAAUCGCACAAGGAAAAGGGCAGAAACUUUGUGAAAUUGAAAGGAUACAUUUCUUUUUGAGUAAGAAGAAAACAGAUGAACUUAGAAAUCUCCAUAAACUGCUUUACAACAGACCAGGAACAGUGUCCUCAUUAAAGAAGAAUGUGGGUCAGUUCAGUGGCUUUCCAUUUGAAAAAGGAAGUAUCCAAUAUAAAAAGAAGGAAGAAAUGUUGAAAAAAUUUAGAAAUGCCAUGUUAAAGAGCAUCUGCGAGGUUCUUGACUUGGAGAGAUCGGGUGUAAAUAGUGAACUGGUGAAAAGGAUCUUGAAUUUUUUAAUGCAUCCAAAGCCUUCUGGCAAACCAUUGCCAAAAUCUAAAAAAAGUUCUAGCAAAGGCAACAAAAAGGAACGGAACAGUUCUGGGAUGGCCAGGAAAGCUAAGCGAACCAAAUGUCCUGAAAUCCUGUCAGAUGAAUCUAGCAGUGAUGAAGAGGAAAAGAAAAACAAAGAAGAGUCCUCAGAGGAUGAAGAUAAAGAGAGUGAAGAGGAGCCACCAAAAAAGACAUCCAAAAGAGAAAAGCCCAAACAGAAAGCCACUCCUAAAAGUAAAAAAUCUGUAAAAAGUGCUAAUGUUAAGAAGGCAGAUAGCAGUACCACCAAGAAGAAUCAAAAUAGUUCCAAAAAAGAAAGUGAAUCUGAGGAUAGUUCAGAUGAUGAACCUUUAAUUAAAAAAUUGAAGAAACCUCCUACAGAUGAAGAGUUAAAGGAAACAGUAAAGAAAUUAUUGGCCAGUGCUAACUUGGAGGAAGUCACAAUGAAGCAGAUUUGCAAAGAGGUAUAUGAAAAUUAUCCUGCUUAUGACUUAACUGAAAGAAAAGAGUUCAUAAAAACAACUGUUAAAGAGGAACACUCGACUCACUGAUCACAGCACCUGAACAUUUCUGGCUUAUCUCACCGUGUUUCACCAAAUUCAUUCUACACAGUCAGCACUCGUGUGAAGUAGUACUGUGUGACAUUCAUGAAGGUAUUAUCCAUGCCAGGUACUGGAGUUAAGAAUGAGUAAGACACAGCCCCCUCCCAUCAGACAAUCAGUGGUAAGUCAAACAAGCACAAGAAGUGAAUCAGUUCAUCCUUGUCUGGAGUUUUGCUGGAUGAGUAUUAACAAGAAGUUUAACAAACGGAAGGGAAAGACAAAAGGUGACUAUCAACAGAGAAAACCUCACCUGCAAGGAGGUUAUAGUGGGAAGAGAAUAAGCAAACCAGGACAGGAAAGUUAGGCUUGGAUUUACAACCAUUAGGUAUUCUUGCCUGGAAAAGUCCAUGGACAGAGAAGCCUGGCAUAUAUAGUCCUUGAGGUCACGAAGAGUCGGACGUGACUGAAGCGACUGAGCCCGCAUGCAACCAAGACAAAAUCUGGGAUGUGAUUAUGGGAGAAGAGUAGCUAAAACGUAGCCAAGUAGGUCAUAGAAAAGGGAAUAUAAGAAACACAAAGUUCCAUGUGAAUUUAGGUUACAUGUCACCCAAACUGAUAGCUGGCAUGAAAUGGAAAAACAUCCUGGUGCCAAAGACUUUAAUGAGUGGGAGGAUGAUCAGGAGGUCAGGGGGAACACCAUUAUUCGGGGGAAAAGAGUAGCAGAGUAAUAGAAACCUCAAAAGAAAUGGGUUAAGAAGUACUUAGUCGCUUCAGUUGUGUCUGACUCUUCGACCCUAUGGACAGUAGCCCGCCAAGCUCCUCUGUCCAUGGGAUUCUCCAGGCAAGAAUAAUGGAGUGGGUGCCAUGCCGUCCUCCAGGGUAUCUUUCUGACCGAGGAAUUGAACUCAGGUGUCCUGUGUUGCAGGCAAAUUCUUUACCACUGCACCACAGCCCUUUUAUAAGAAGAUGAGGUAGUAACCAGAGAAGACUCUUGAGAGUCCCUCGGACUGCAAGGAGAUCCAACCAGUCCAUCCUGAAGGAAAUCAGUCCUGAAUAUUCAUUGAAAGGACUGAUGCCGAACCUGAAACUCCAAUACUCUGGCCACCUGAUGUGAAGAACUGACUCACUGGAAAAGACCCUGAUGUUGGGAAAGAUUGCAGGCAGGAAAGGGGACUACAGAGGAUGAGACGCUUGGAUGGACUGACUUAGUGGACUUGAGUUUAAGUAAACUUGGGGAGUUGGUGAUGAACAAGGAAGCCUGGUGUGCUGCAGGCCAUGGGGUCACAAAGAGUUGGACACGACUGAGCAACUCAACUGAGGCAGCAAUUGUAUCAAAGCAGCAAAGAAAAGUCAAAUCUUCUAAAGCCUGUUCAUGGCCCUUUGGCCCUAUUAGGGCCGUUUUUUGGAAGCAGUUGACACUUGUGCCCUGGAAUGCAACCAUUAUGUUCUGUUCCUACAAAGUUGGUGCUUUAUAGCCCAAAGAGGAAAUCAAAGUCAGCUGGUUUUAAAAUGAUAUUCUUUUGUAAUAAUUCAAAAACCCUGAAAAUAUUAAAAACACUAUUUUAGAUGAA